CGCCGCCAUAUUGGAGGAGAAGCCGCGUCCCGUCCGCUGCCUCCUCGGCUGCUCCUGCCGUAGGGGGAGCCGGCCCCUCUGCCCCCGCGGCCGAGCCCUCCCCCAUGCGUCCCCCCGGCCGGCCGCAGCCCCGGCGCGGCUAGCGAGAGCCCGUGUCCCCGGCGCGGCCCCCUCCCGCGCGCUCGGGCUUUCUCCCCCCCGCGCCGCCGGCCGGAGCCAUGACUUCCCUGACCCAGCGCAGCUCGGGCCUGGUGCAGCGCCGCACCGAGGCCUCCCGCAGCGCCGCCGCCGACAAGGAGCGGGUGGCCGGGGGCGGCCCGGAGGAGGAGGGCCGCCGGGACGAGCAGGGCGACGACGAGAAGGGCGACUCCAAGGAAACCCGGCUCACCCUGAUGGAGGAGGUGCUGCUGCUGGGCCUCAAGGACCGAGAGGGUUACACAUCUUUUUGGAAUGAUUGUAUCUCCUCUGGGUUGCGUGGCUGCAUGUUAAUUGAAUUGGCAUUGAGAGGACGUCUUCAACUGGAGGCAUGUGGAAUGAGGCGCAAAAGUCUAUUAACAAGAAAGGUGAUCUGCAAGUCAGAUGCUCCCACAGGGGAUGUUCUACUUGAUGAAGCUCUGAAGCACAUUAAGGAAACCCAGCCUCCUGAAACAGUACAAAACUGGAUUGAACUGCUUAGUGGUGAGACAUGGAAUCCAUUAAAAUUGCACUACCAGUUACGAAAUGUGCGUGAACGAUUAGCUAAAAACCUAGUGGAAAAAGGUGUAUUGACGACAGAGAAACAGAACUUCCUUCUUUUUGACAUGACUACCCACCCUCUCACCAACAACAAUAUAAAACAGCGUCUCAUCAAGAAAGUUCAAGAAGCAGUUCUUGACAAAUGGGUGAAUGACCCUCACCGCAUGGACAAGCGCUUGCUGGCUCUCAUUUACUUAGCCCAUGCUUCAGAUGUUCUUGAGAACGCUUUUGCUCCCCUACUGGAUGAGCAGUAUGAUUUAGCCACAAAGAGAGUGCGGCAGCUUCUGGAUUUAGACCCUGAAGUUGAAUGUCUGAAGGCCAACACAAAUGAGGUCCUCUGGGCUGUUGUAGCUGCCUUCACAAAAUAACUGCGAUCAGAUUGAAGUGUUCUUCUCUCUUCUUUAUGUAAAGCAGUUGUUUCUCUUCUAUUGACUAUUCAUGUUUUCUGUAAUUUGUACCUUCUCACAUGAUGAAUCAGCUCUUGUUUCACAGGAAUGAUAGGUGGUGUAUUCCCUCUCCCUUUGUGUAUCUGUAUACGGAUUCUGCUAGUACAAGAGACUUUCCUGUUUAAAAAAAGUUUUGCUGCCAUAUUGGCAUUCCGUUCCCUAUUAAAUUACAGUUACCUGAAAUUCUUAGUUUAGUCCAUUUUUCACUCUUUGGUUGCUGGAAUGGUUUAACUUGGAAAGCACCUCAAGAAAGAAAUGUGCAUGCACUGUUGGAUCACCAAGUCUCGGGUUGAUGCAGAUGUGUACACGCAUCAGUAGCAUUCUGCCGUGCCGUUCAUACAAAAGUCACAAAAAGGCCUUUUAAAUCACCAAAGUUAAAUAUUGAAGUGUCUGUCAGGACAUUUUAUAUAUAGACAUUGGUUCAAAUGUGCUUAACAAAAUUAUUUUAAAAUUAGAAUAUCCAUUAAACAUCUCCGCAAAUAGUUAAUGUAAAAUGCCCCAUAAGUUUUACCUCUCAUGUAAAUCUCUUGUGUACUUAACAUUUUGUUAUAUUACAACUCUGAAUUACGAGGCUAGUGUAGACAGGUCCAGUUGUUUCACAAAGCAGUUUGGGAUGGGAUACAUUCCAUUAUAUUCUGUAUAUAGUUUGAAUUGUAUAUUAACAGCCCCCCAUCUUUGUAUUUUGCAAGAUUUAAUUAGUUGUACACCUGUGCCCCUUACUUGCUUUCAGCCAUUGCCAUUGGACGGAAAGAUGGGCCUCUUAUAAAGAGUGUGAACUCUGUGUGUUCCCAAUGUCUAUGGAGUUGUACCAUCCAGGUACAACUCAGCCUAAGCAUCGCCUUUUAUACUGUUUGUUGUAUGGAAAGGAGACCGGUUGCCGUCAUUGUUUAUAUUAUUUCUGUAUGGAAGAGGCUUGUGACCAGUACAGUUCUUGAGUGCAGUUUUUAAUUUUGUUUGUACACAAGUUAAUGUUUGUCUCUUAAAUGUCAUAAUCUACUUACACUUAAAAAAAUCAAAUGUCAAACCUAGGAGGUCUUGCAUGUAAAUUGUUAGCAAGUAAUGACUACAGUUCAGAUGACUAAGAUUUCUGUAAUGGGAAGCUCUACUAUGUUCAUUAUUUUAUAUACAAUUAUGUUCAUUAGCACAAUGUAAAAAAUAUAAACUUUGGCUUUUUAAAGUUUAUUACCUCUUUACCACUGCUUGUUAUCUGCCACUGGUUUCACAGUGUAAAUAUUAUGCAUUGAGCAAAUUACACUUUUUUUUCCUCAUAACAUGCAUACUAAUAGUGGGGCUUACAGGUGUUUAGAAACUUUUUGGUUAACAUUCAGAGCAAAAAUACUAAGUGGUGUAUAACUGUAGAGUUGAAGUUUAAGGGAUCCCUAAUCUGUAUACUAGCUUUUUACCUACAGUAAAUAAACGAUGAUCUUGAAAGUG